AUGGGUAAGACAAGGGGUAUGGGAGCUGCACGCAAGAUCAAGAAGGAUCGGACUAAGCAGAGGUGGGCAGACAAGACAUACAAAAAGGCUCACCAGGGAAAUGAAUGGAACAAGCCUUUUCAAACUACUUCUCACGCUAAAGGAAUCGUCCUUGAGAAAAUAGGACAAGAGGCUAAGCAGCCAAACUCUGCUAUCCGUAAGUGUGUUAGAGUUCAGCUUAUCAAGAACGGAAAGAAGAUUUCUGCUUUUGUUCCCAAGGAUGGUUCUUUGAACUUCAUUGAGGAAAAUGACGAGGUCUUGGUUGCUGGAUUUGGCCGUAAGGGCCAUGCUGUGGGAGAUAUUCCCGGAGUUAGGUUCAAGGUCGUGAAAGUUUCUGGUGUUUCCCUCUCUGCUCUCUCCGAUGGAAAGAAGGAGAAGCCAAGGUCUUAA